AUGAUGCUGUCACAUCAACUGAUGAACCAGAGUUCUGUUACUACAUUCAUCUUGGUGGGCUUCUCAGAAUAUCCACAGCUCCAAAUACUUCUAUUCCUCCUGUUCUUGACCAUCUACUCAGUGACUUUGAUGGGCAACCUGGGCAUAAUUGUGGUUAUAAGGAUCAAUCCCAAACUUCAUACGCCCAUGUACUUUUUUCUCAGCCAUCUUUCAUUUUUGGAUAUAUGUUAUUCUAGUGUCUUUACACCCAAACUUUUGCAGAUCUUGGUUAUGGAAGACAGAACCAUUUCUUUCAGAGGAUGCAUGGCACAAUUCUUCUUCAUUUGUACAUUUGUGAUUACAGAGAUGUUCAUGUUAGCAGUGAUGGCCUAUGACAGGUUUGUAGCUGUUUGUAAUCCCCUGCUCUACACAGUUGUAAUGCCUCAUAAGUUCUGUGCUCUACUAGUAGCUGGUACUUACUUGUUGGGUGGAUUAUGUGCUGUGAUACUCAUAUACACUCUUUUACAGCUAUCUUAUUGUGAAUAUGGCAUCAUUAAUCACUUUGGCUGUGAGUACUCUGCUGUCAUCUCUGUAUCGUGUUCUGACUCCUCCUUUAGCCAGAUGACAUGUUUAGUCAUUUCUAUAUUCAGUGAGUCUUCUAGUGUCCUGAUCACUUUAGCCUCAUAUGUGUUCAUAGUUGUUACUAUUAUUAAGAUGCCUUCCAAAGGAGGACUACGAAAAGCCUUCUCCACCUGUACCUCCCACCUGACUGCCAUCACAAUCUUUCAUGGGAUCAUACUUCUCCUAUAUUGUGUGCCCAACUCAAAUAGUUCACGGCUCUUUGUCAAAGUUGCCACUGCUCUUUAUACAGUCAUGAUCCCCAUGCUGAACCCCCUUAUCUACAGCCUUAGAAAUAAAGAUGUGAAAGAGACAGUCAUGAAACUUAUCAGGUCCAAACUGCACUCUCACUUGACAUAA